UUUGAAGUGGGCCGCGCAAACAUAUGUGUUUGGUUGUGUGGGCCGCGAGUUGAAAGAGGUUGGGAACCACUGCUCUAAGCUUUCAAAUGAACCCAUUUAUGGGCAGAUACCAUAUAAGGAAGGCUAUGCAAAUUAAACAUGAACAUCUUGCAUGCUAUUUUCGGACCCUGUACUGGGUCUGCAGAGUUGAAGAGGUUUUAGCAAUAUACCAAAAAUAAAUCAUUUUACCUUUAUUUCAGAGUUCAUUGAAGAAAAAGAGGAAAAUGAAGAAUCAAGUCCUCAAGAGAAGCAGAACGCAUGUGAUCAGUGCGAUAAAAUGUUUUUAUGGGCUUCACUUCUGAAGAAACACUUGAAAGUUCAUGCAAAGAAGAAACCACAUUCAUGUCAUUUGUGUGGUAACAGUUUUUUGCAUGUACAAAGUUUGAAAGAACAUCUUCAGAUAAUACAUACUGGUGUAAGAGAGUACGUGUGCUCUGAGUGUGAGAAGACUUUUAGUUCAGCAAGCAGUUUAAAACAGCACGAGAGGAUUCACACUGGAGAGAAACCUUACAAGUGUUCACACUGUGACAAGAGAUUCAGUAAAUUAUCAACUCAGAAAAUACAUGAGAGGAUUCACACUGGAGAGAAACCUUACAAGUGUUCACACUGUGACAAGAGAUUCAGUAAAUUAUCAACUCAGAAAAUACAUGAGAGGAUUCACACUGGAGAGAAUCCUUAUAAGUGUUUACACUGUGACAAGAGAUUCAGUAAAUUAUCAACUCAGAAAAUACAUGAGAGGAUUCACACUGGAGAGAAACCUUACAAGUGUUCACACUGUGACAAGAGAUUCAGUCAAUCAUCAACUCUGAAAGCACAUGAGAGGAAUCACACUGGAGAGAAACCUUACAAGUGUUCACACUGUGACAAGAGAUUCAGUCAAUCAUCAACUCUGAAAGCACAUGAGAGGAAUCACACUGGAGAGAAACCUUACAAGUGUUCACACUGUGACAAGAGAUUCAGUCGGUUAUCAAGUCUCAAUCCACAUGAGAGGAUCCACACUAGAGAGAAACCUUACAAGUGUUCACACUGUGACAAGAGAUUCGGUGAUUCAUCAAGUCUAAAAAAACAUGAGAGGAUCCACACUGGAGAGAAACCUUAUAAGUGUUCACGCUGUGACAAGAGAUUUAGUGUGUUAUCAAGUCUGAAAACACAUGAGAGGAUCCACACUGGAGAGAAACCUUACAAGUGUUUACAAUGUGACAAGAGAUUCAGUCAGUCAACAGAGCUGAGAAUACAUGAGAGGAAUCACACUGGAGAGAAACCUUACAAGUGUUCACACUGUGACAAGAGAUUCAGUCGGUUAUCAAGUCUCAAUCCACAUGAGAGGAUCCACACUAGAGAGAAACCUUACAAGUGUUCACAAUGUGACAGGAGAUUCAGUAAAUCAUCAAGUCUCGAAACACAUGAGAGGAUCCACACUGGAGAGAAACCUUACAAGUGUUCACACUGUGACAAGAGAUUCUGUCGUUUAUCAAAUUUCAAAACACAUGAGAGAUUUCACACUGGAUAGAAAGCACAUCACCGCAAUGUACGUGGGAAGCGUACAUUGGCCCGUACACGCGGAGAUGCAUUUAGAUGUUUAUGUAAAUAUUUUGUUAGGUAUAUGUGUUUCGUCCAGACGGAUCCAGCAUUUUGGGAGAAUGAAUUCACUAUUUCUUUGGGUCCCAGAGUGGAUAAAUCUGAAAAUGACACCUUUGGGUCUUUGUGUUCUGCCAAUCCAUAUAUUUUGUGAAACGAAGUCAUAGGGCUGUGAUGGUGGCUGAUUUUUACCACCGCGGUAGUCAUGGACCAACAACCGCGUGUGGCGCGGUGUUGAUUAAAAAUAAUAAUAAUAAUAUAUAUUUUAUAUAUAUAUAUUAAUGAAUGAAUAUAUUAGUCGCAGAAUGACUGAACAGGAGAUGUUUCAGACACACGCUCCUCUUCACUUUAUUAUCAGGUGCAAGUAAAGCGAAUCCGGAAACUGUCCUGUGCUCAAAGGCGCCAUUGCAGGCUUCCUUUGUGCGUAUCCUUUCAUAUCAAACUGCGAAAUAAACUAUGUGCAAGCAGUGUCGUGGUCAGUUAAUUCAUGGAAUUACCAAAAAAGGUGAUUAAAGCUGACUUAAACUGUACAUGCAUAUAAUAUAUUUUAUAUAUAUUAUAUACAGGAUAUAUUUAUAUACAUGUAUGCACAUCUAUGAAAUCAGCCCAGCACUGUUUCACUCAUCUAACACAUUCUAUUUAACUUGUCAGUUUGUGUUUAUUUGAGAACUUCUGACAAAAUACUCAUUAUAAUCAGUGAUGCUACACUGGAUGCAGCACAACACGACAUGAUAAAUCCCCGUCCGGUCUGUGAGGUACUGACACCGAGUCCAAAUGUCCUGUAUAGACACUAGACAGACUAAACCUGUCGCAAUGCGGUAGUGUUGCGUCCGGUUUACUUUUCCACCACUAAGCAAGCUCAGUAACUCCUCAUCUGCACGCGCUCUCUUUAAAAUAGGAAUCGUUGCCAUAUUUCUUGUUACCAUUUUUAUUUAUCGCUGUCUUGUUUGUAUUUGGCAAGUUUGGAGAAAGCCUCACUAAACCUGACCAGCCAGCGUUUGCGAUCACGAGAACUUGUGCAAACAUGGAUCAUAAAUGCAGAUGACUCAACACUAAAUUAAUUUGCUGAAUGCAAACUAUUUUCCUGAGCUCAAAUCUGACAAUCUAAAGGAAGCGCUGUGUUUGAGGUAAUUUGUUAAUUACCAUAGACUUAGAAUUUGCAACUAUUAGUUAUUACACGUAUAUACAAGAUUGUGUAUUAUGCUUGCUAUAGAGUGUGUGACGUCACAUGCACUACCGCCGGUGGCAGUAGACAACCGCGAUGGCAACCGACCACCGCGGUGACGCAGUUGUCACAGCAACCGUCACAGCCCUACAAAGUCAUCACCCCACUUCUCUACUAUUGUCAGACACCGCUACGUCAUGUAACACCAACAACAAUGGAGAACAUGUCUGUGUUCAUGCUGCAGAAGCUACUGAGCCUAUUAGCUUGAUUAAACUUACUAGUAGAGCUGCACGAUAUUGGAAAAAAAACACACAUUGUCAUUAUUUGUUUUAACGAUGUAUAUUGCAAUAUGGAAAAAAAAAUAAACAGAUGACUUGAACUGC